UACUUUCGACUUCCAACACAAGUUUUUGUUUUCUUAAAUCAAGAAUUCAACUGGACGUGCUAAUCACCAUACACCCUGUAUAGGUGACAUUACUGUUACAGAAACCGUUUUAGUUUCAGUUUUGGUGUAAAUGUUUUUGAAAAAAUUAAUUCAAUUUUACAAUAAUGAGCGAGAAAUCUAAUAUGAAGUUGGCUAAAGAAGAACAGGAGCUCUCACUUGGUGAAGAAGAAGAGUCAAAUGACGAAUCUGAUAAAGAACAGGACUCAGACGGUGUGGGUGUUACUGAAGGUGCUGAAGAUAUCGAGCACAGUGAAGGUGAUAAGGGGGAUGAGGAUGACGAGGAUGAAGAGGAUGAGGAGGACGAUAAGGGGAAUGAAGAUAACGUGAGUAAUAGCAUGAGUGAUAUUAGUGUUGAGCAUGAUGAUAUGCUGACAACUUCAAGAGCAAUAAAUAUGAAUCUAACGCUGGGCGGUGGUGUCAAGAGAAUUGCAUUGAAAAAACCUGAAACAAAAACAAAUACUAUUAUAGCCGUAAAUGGUAAUAAACCUAAGCGUGUACCGACACAAGUAAUGGUAGAUACGGCUAUAAUGGAGCUAAACGAACGUACUGGUUCCUCUAUAGUUGCCAUUCGAAAUUAUAUUAUAUCCAAUUACGCAAAUAUUGAAGAGAAAAAAGUUAAUUUGCAGAUUAAAAGAUAUAUAAAAGACUCGUUGUCUAUUGGAAAAUUAUCACAAAUCAAGCGUUCAUUUAAGUUAACAGCUGAAGCUAAAAAGGAGAUUGCUAUGGAGAAAACUAGAAAGUUGAAGAUGCAAAAAAAGCAAGAAAAAAUUGCCGAAACUAAAGCUAAAGGAAAAGCUAAUGCCAAUGCAAAGAAGAAAGAUAACGAGACAGCAAAAAAUAAUAAAAAAACUACUGCAGAGAAGACAACAACAGCAGAAAAGAAUGCAAAAAUUUCUAAGAAAACCACAACUAAGAAAGCUGCUACGGAUGUAAAGGUAUUAAAACCCACUGGUGCAGGAAAGGCCACAGUAAAGAAGACAGUAACUAAGCCCAAGAAACCCAAACUAAAAAUUACAAAUACUAAGGCUCCGAUAGAAAACGGUGGUCAACCUAGUGGUGGCAAUGCAAAGAAGAAGACGGAGAAAACUGAGAAACCUAUGAAAUCUGUUCCCACUGCAAAGGUCGCAAAGGUCCCAAAAGUCUCAAAAGUUCCAAAGGUCGCACAGGUCGCUGAGCCAGAGAAACCUAAAGCAAAAGCGAAAGCAAGUAAAUAAUAAAACAAGAAUUCU